AUGCGUUUUUGCAUCAUUUUAGUAGAUGUGGCCACCAUUUUGCAACAAGAGGUUUUAUUAAUUUGUCCUGAAAAUAUGGACUUUACAACGCCAUUCUUUAUGCCAAAGUAUAAUUUUCUGAAGCAACAGCAUGAGCAUACAAAAAUUUGUGAUUUAUUAGCUGUGAAACAGUGGGAGAUUGUGAUUCUUCUUCAUGCACUUGAUAUUAAAGAGCAUACAAAAAUUUGUGAUUUAUUAGCUGUGAAACAAAACUUAAACUCAAAUUAUCAACUCAGUUCUUACCCUUCCUUUCUAUCAUCCAUUCGUUGUCCCCCGUCUCCAUUGCAGUGCAAUCUCGCGAAAAUUGGUCCUCAUUCAUUUUCAUUAGCCAUGGUGACAGUCGCUUAUAAGACAACGAGAGUAACAGCCGUAAAAGCUAAGCCAAAGUUUGUUUUAAUGCUUAAAUUUUGUGACACAAACGGAAAAACUGGAGAUGAGUAUGCUUAA